AUGACUUCCGCCGAAGAUGGUGCAGGCGAGGCGUCCAGCGGUCGAUACAACCUCGCCGACGAACUCCUCCUACUUCAGGAUGAGCCAUACAUCAUCCCGCAAGAGGUCGCAGUCGAGGACAUGAAUGCCUCCGAGCAGAUCUCCACCCUCGACUCGGCCAUCGACGCCAUCACAUCCAGCCCAGACAAUGUCGCCACUCCAGAGAUCUACGACCUCAUCCGCUCCUACCUCAAACACUUUGCCAACCUCUCCCCAAAUGCUUGCAACAAGCUUCUCGACGUCAUCGCUUCCGGCAUGUCCAGCGCUCUCGACGAAGCGCAACGCGAGCUCGACGGUGACGAUCCUAACGCAUACUCUUCUCACGCAGAGACGCUCGAGCGAUACGCCUUCCUCCUUCAGUGGCUCGUCUCGGUAGCAGAAAAGUACAGCGGUGCUCGCUCAGACAGCGGUGGAUCAGCGGCUGCUAUCGUCGCUGCCAGAGGAGGUCGUCGUGGAGCUGGUGCCAAGUCAGCCGCGGCUGCGGCGGCGGCUGCCAAGUCCAGCUCUGCAAAGGCAGACGCUUGGCCUUGGUCCAACUCGAUCCCAGCUGUGCUCUCCCUCAUGUCCAAGGCAGCACGCGUGCGCAGCGAGCGUAUGUGGACUGUCUCCGCUGCUCGCGACUCUUUCGUCUCUGGCUGUCUCCUGCGACCGGCCCUCCUCCUCCAAGAGAAUGAGCUGUAUCUCAAAGCACAGCCCAUCAAGCUCGGCAUCUUCAAGGUCAUCUGCCAGGCCGUCAAGGCACACGGCCAGGCCUUCAGCGCACAAACCAGCAUCAUGCAGAGUCUGCAAUACUACGAGCACCUUGCAGAGCCCAUGGCAGAACUGCUCGCCGUCAUGCGUCUCGAAUUCGAUUACGAGCGUCUCGGUGAAGACGUCCUCCGCGAGGUGGCUGCCAAGAACUUUGGCGCCAUGGACACAAAGAGUCCACGUUCUUUCGGUCGCUUCCUGGUCCGCAUGGCCGAGCUUAGCCCACGCAGCGUUCUCAAGCAGAUCAGUCUGCUGCAAAAGCAUCUUGACUCGGAAUCGUACCCCAUGAGGAACGCGCUCAUCGAGACGCUCGGUCUGCUCAUCAAGGAGCUCGCUCUCACUGACGAUGCGCUCAACCCAGACGGAGGCGAGGCAGGUGCUGGCGGCGACGCAGCCGCUGAUGAGAACCGAGGCAGUGCCGAGGCGCGCAAGAAGCAGAUCGAGACCUUCUUCGAUCUCCUCAUCGAACGCUUCCUCGACCUCAACUCGUACGUCCGAUCCAAGCUCAUCACCGUCUGCGGCCGUCUCCUGGAUCUGCCCACCAAGUUCCCCAAGCAGCGCACCGAGAUCACCGAGAUGGUCAUCCGACAUCUCGAGGACAAGAGCAGCGGUGUCCGCAAGAACGCUAUUGCGCUCCUCACCAAGCUCAUCCUCACUCAUCCAUUUGGUAUGCUCCACGGCGGCGAGCUUUGCCUCCAAGAAUGGCAAGCCCGUUUUGACAUCGUCUCCAAAGAGCUCGAAGAGACCGAAGGAUCUCUCAACCUGCCAGGCGAGGACUCUGUCCAUCAGGAGAGUGAGUCGGAAGCUGACGAGGACGACGACGACGACGACGACGACGACAUGGACGAGGAUGAAGAUGAGGAGAAAGAUGAAGAGGACGCCGACGACACGCUGAUGCAAGACGAUGAUGACGAAGAUGCGCCGCCAGCUCGUGGUCGCAAGUCUGCCAAGAAGCCCAAGGUCCAAAAGCAAAAGAGCAAGUCCAAAAAGUCUCGCCGAUCGGGCGUCGACCUUCAAGCUCUUGCUGCGGCUCAGGCCGAAAUGGAGCCUGUCGACGCCGAAAAGGUCAUGCGUCUGCGUCUCACGAAGCGCUACUACACCGAUGCCAUUGCCUUCAUCACCCAGAUCGAGACUGCUAUGCCCAACCUCACACUUUUGCUCGCCUCCACCAACAAGGCCGAAGUGCUCGAGAGCAUGGAGUUCUUCCGCGUCGCCUACGAGUACAGGCUGUCUGGCGCUGCUGCCGGUGUCCGCAAGAUGGUCCACCUCAUCUGGACCAAGGACAACACGCUCGUCAUGGAGGACGGCAGUCAGCUGAAAGGUGUCCGCUCGCGUCUCAUCGAAGUCUACCGAGCCCUCUACUUUGAUGCACGCGCCGACCUCAAUGCCAAGGACAACAUCGCUCGUAUCGCCAAGAACAUGAUCGAGCGUACCUUUGGCGCCACACUGGCCGAACUCACCUCGCUCGAGGAGAUGCUCAAGACCAUGCAGAUCGAAAACCUCGUCCAUCCGGAAGUCAUCAACAAGCUCUGGGCUGUCUACUCGGCUCCUCGCGCCAUCUCUGCCGCACAACGCCGAGGCGCCAUCAUCGUCCUUGCGAUGCUCGCCACCGCCAAGCGCGAGAUCGUCUCGGAGCACAUCGAAACGCUGUUGCGAGUCGGUCUCGGCCCCAUCGGCGCACGCGACGUGGUGCUCGCCAAGUACACCUGCGUUGCGCUCCAACGCGUCAGCGGUAGUGUCAAGAAGGUUAAGGGCGCUCUCAGCGACGAGAGUGUUCGCUACCCCAUGACCAACCCGCUCUUUGGUCGUCUUCGCGCUGCCAUCCAGAUGUCGGGCGACGUGCUCAAGGGCGACAGCCGCGAAGAGUGGUUCAGCUUGGCCGAGAAUGCCAUCAACACCAUCUACCUGCUCGGCGAACAGCCCGACGCGCUUUGCACCGAUAUCAUCCGCAGCCUGACUGCGCGCGUGUUCGGCGGCAAGGCACAGCAACUACAGAAGGGCAGUGACGACGAUGACGCGGCUAGCGAUGUCUCGAUGCCAGACGCGAGGGAUGCUGCUUCGAGCUCGGAUGCACCGGUCAUGGGCGACGCAUUCCAGCUGGCUCAGCUUCUGUUCAUCGUGGGCCACGUGGCACUCAAACACAUCGUCUACCUCGAGCUGGUCGAGCGAGAAUACAAGCGUAGAAAGGCCGAGGCGGACAAGGAGAAGGCGGUGGCCAAGGCGGUUUCGGAAGGCAAAGCCAGUCGUGCUGCUGCUGCCGCUGCUGCUGCUGCCGUCGAGGAGCUCGACCAAGUCGCCGGUAAUGCCGAGGACGAGAUCGGUGAGGUGAUCGCCAGUGUUCGAGAGAAGGAGCUGCUGUUCGGCAACAGCAGUGUGCUGGCCAUGUUUGGUCCCAUCAUCACGCACAUCUGCAGCAGCCCCAAGUCGUAUCCCAACGAGCUGGUGCGUCGCGCUGCCGUGCUGACGCUGUGCAAGUUCAUGUGCGUCUCGUCGACGUUCUGCGAAGCCAACCUGGCCCUGCUGCUGCACAUUCUUACGACAUCGAAGGACGCCGUGAUCCGCAGCAACGUGGUCAUCGCAUUGGGCGAUAUCGCUGUGUGCUUCGGCUCGCUGGUCGACGAGAACUCGGACCGUCUCUACGCCGGUCUGGGUGACCCAGAUCUGUCAGUCAAGAAGCACACGCUCAUGGUGCUCACCCACCUCAUCCUCAACGGCAUGAUCAAAGUCAAAGGUCAACUGGGUGAGAUGGCCAAAUGUCUCGAAGACGAAGAACCUCGCGUGUCAGACCUGGCCAAGCUCUUCUUCUCCGAGCUCGCCACCAAGGAGAACGCAGUGUACAACAAUCUGCCGGACAUCAUCUCGCACCUGUCCAUCGGCAAGCACGCCGUCGACGAAGAGACGUUUGCGCGAACGAUGAAGUUCAUCUUCACCUUCAUCGACAAGGAAAAACAGGCGGAGAAUGUUGUGGAGAAGCUGUGUCAGCGAUUCCGACUGACCAAUUCCGAGCGUCAAUGGCGCGACAUUGCGUUUUGUCUCAGCUUGUUGCCGUACAAGAGCGAACGGAGUGUCAAGAAGCUCAUCGAAGGACUUCCGUUUUACCAGGACAAGCUGUAUCAUGGCGAGGUGUACAAGCGGUUCCAGGAGAUUCUGGCCAAGGCGCGGGCGAACAAGACGGGUGCUGCUGGUGGGGCAAGGAAUGGCGCGGGUGGGACCAGUGAGGGUGCGGGAGAUCUGAGGGAGUUCGAAGAGAUCCUGGCUCAGGCGGCGGCGAAGGGCGAGCAGGAUGAGGCGUUCGAGGGCGCUGCUCAGGCCAAGGUGGCCAAGAUGACGAGAGGCAAGGGCAAGAGCGGCAAGACCAGCAGUGCAGGGGUCAAGAGGAGCACGCGGGGCAGCAGGAGGGUUAGCGUUGAGAGUGCCGCGUGA